AAAUUGUAAAUACAACUUAAAAGUUGUAGUUAAUUAGUAUCAAAUAUUUUUAUUUACUCUGCAAACGGAAGCAAUAAUUAAAUUGUACGUCCAUAUCUCUACAUUUACAUUUUGCAAAAUAUACAAAAUAACAGGAUGAGUAUGAGGCCAGAUGAUCACCGGAGAAAGUGGGACAAAGAUGAAUUUGAAAAAAUCGCUGCCGAAAGAUUACAAGCAGAAUUAGAGGAAGAAGAGCAGUCAAAGAAAAAAGCACCACCUGUUAAGAGAGAACUUUUGAAGCAACGGGAGUACAAAGUAGAUUUAGAUUCUAAACUAGGAAAAAGUGUAGUAAUUACUAAAAAUACACCAACUGCACAAUCUGGUGGUUAUUACUGUAAUGUCUGUGAUUGUGUUGUUAAGGACUCAAUCAACUUUCUUGAUCACAUCAAUGGCAAGAAACAUCAAAGAAAUCUUGGAAUGUCAAUGAAGAUUGAACGGAGCUCACUAGAUCAGGUAAAAUCGCGGUUUGCACUCAAUAAGCGUAAAUUAGAAGAAAAAAAGAAAGAAUAUGAACUAGACACUCGGCUAAAAGAAGCAGCUGAGGAGGAAGCCAGGCUGAAAGAGUUAAGGCGGGAACGCCGUCGUGAUAAGAAACGCAAGGUACAAGACGAUGACGAUAAUGAAGACGGUCCUGCCCAAUCUGAACUUGCACAGAUUAUGGGAUUCUCAGGAUUUGGCGCGUCAAAAAAGUAGUUAUAGUAUUAGAUUUAUUGUAAUAAUAAAGGUUUUUAUCCACA